UUACGGUCACAUAACCGGCUGUCUCUCAUUCUACGCCCCGGUCUUCAUGGCUGUCACUUUAAUCCACGGCUGCGCCAAUGGGUCUCUGGUCACGUUGAACUGUCCUUCACGUCAGGUGGUCUGCAGGAUUCUGAGUGGAGUUGAUGGCUUAAACUCCGCAUCCGCACUAGCCGUGAGCUAUGACUUUCUUAUUGGGCUGGCACUGGCCGUGGCGUCCAGUAUACUUAUCGGCAGCAGCGUCAUCCUGAAGAAAAAGGGACUGCAGCGCCUGUGUGAGCACGGAGGGACGCGGGCAGGUGAUGGUGGUCACGGGUAUCUGAAAGACUGGAUGUGGUGGGCUGGCCUUUUAACAAUGGCAGGAGGCGAAGUUGCCAAUUUUGCGGCAUAUGCCUUUGCACCGGCCACAAUUGUUACACCUCUGGGGGCUCUGAGUGUCCUGAUCAGCGCUGUGCUAUCCUCAUACCUUCUGGGAGAACAUUUGAAUCUACUAGGGAAGUUGGGUUGCGCCCUCAGUAUAUUGGGAAGCACUGUCAUGGUCAUUCACGCCCCUGAGGAGCAGGAAGUGACCACUUUGGAAGACAUGACAUCAAAACUGCAAGAUCCAGGUUUCGUAGCCUACAUCAGUGUGCUGCUAAUCUGCUGCUUGGUCCUGAUCUUUCUCCUCUGUCCUCGCUUUGGUCAGACCAACAUCCUUGUCUACCUGGCAAUAUGUUCCCUCCUGGGUGCUUUUUCCGUGUCUUCUGUUAAGGGUUUGGGAAUCGCUGUGAAGGGCUUAAUUGCCGGCCAACCGGUCGUACAGCACCCUCUACCCUGGAUCCUGAUUCCUGUCCUGGUUGCAUCGGUAGUUACCCAAGUCAACUAUCUGAACAAGUCUCUGGAUGUGUUCAACACCUCUCUGGUAUUCCCGAUCUACUACGUCCUCUUCACCAGCGUGGUCAUUGCAACGUCCCUCAUCCUUUUUAAAGAAUGGGUGUCCAUGUUGCCCCUGGAUGGCGUUGGCGCGGUCUGUGGCUUCAUUAUCAUUAUCUUAGGAGUCUUCAUGCUCCAUGCUUUUAAAGAUCUUGACAUUAGUCUUCAGAGUCUUAAACAGCAACUGCAGGUCCAGAAGAGCCCACCUCCACCACCUCAAGAAACCACCAGAAAGGAGGACAAGAUUACCUUAAUUGACCACAUGGAGAUUGAGAACAAUGGAAGUAUCCCAAAGGUGUUUGUAAUUUACACCUGAAUUCACAGAAAACUGACUAUUUUUGUUUUUAAAUAACAGCUUUAGA